CCCGCGGCCACCCGCACUUGCAGCUCUCACCACUUACCACUCACUCUCACGCUCACUUCCAACCUUCACUCGGCUCGGCGGCAACACUCUCUGCUCUGGACAUAGCGACACUCUCUCUCACAACUACUCGCAGCAAGACAAGCCCUGAUACGGUCAUCUGAGGCCUGUCGACUCGCCCUUCUCGGCACAACCCGAUGUCCUAGACUGGUCGCUCAUUCGUAAAUUCCAGUCCCGUCUUACUGGCAUCCCAGCCUUCCACCCAACUCCCGCCGGGCAAUACAAGCGACAGCAGAAGCCAUCGUCUCCAAGCUCCUUUUGGCGCAUAUCUCCCUUGUGCACAACGGCUUCUCGCCACGGUCCAGAAAGCGCAGGGGAUUUGCCCACAACCAAACACCUUUUCCGGCAGGCGGAUACAGGACAGCUGGUGCAUUCUGUUGAAUUAUAGGGAGCCGUCUGCGAAGGUCCUCGGGGGAAUUGGAGCUUGCACAAUUGGCUCACCAUGCCUCCUCUGGCGGGUGCGAAGAAGCAGUCCUUAACAUUGGCGCAAGUGUCACAAUAUGACGACCUUCUGACCGAUGCGCUCGUUGACCAUGUUUAUUACUGGACGACGAUUCCAAAGAAUCGACCAUCGUAUCACGCAACUCGAGGUGUCACCGAGGAGGAGAUUGCCAAGAUCGUACAGACUCAUCUGAUUGUAGAGCCCAAUGUCGAAGUAGCCGAGGCCAAGCUUCUGCAGACUGCAGGGUUGCGCAAGUUCGUCAACGGCCUCAAGACGCCAAAAGAGAAGGACGACUUCCGCCGUCAUCUCCGCCGAUAUAUGCAGAUAUAUCUCCCAGAUUGCCCCUUCGAAGUCAGUACAACCAAUCGAUACACAAUCGUCACCCAGGAGGCUGCCGUGACAGCUCGCCAGUUCAUCAAGAAGGGUCAAGCCGUCAAAUACCUUUCAGGCAUCCAGGUUCUAAUCACACCAGAGGAGGAACAAGAAUUGUCGCACAGGAAAAAGGACUUCAGCAUUGUCGUUAGUUCAAGGAGCAAGUGCGCAAGCAUCUUUAUGGGACCGGCUCGCUUCGCCAACCACGACUGCGGUGCCAAUGCGCGCUUGAUGAUCACAAGUCAAGCAUGCAUUGAGAUUCUCGCUGUACGAAAUAUCGAGGUUGGAGACGAGAUCACGGUCACCUACGGCGAAAACUAUUUCGGCGAAGACAACUGCGAGUGCCUCUGUCAGACCUGCGAAGAUAAUCUGGCAAAUGGCUGGCGACAAUCUGAUGGUACGGGUCCCGUGAAGAAGAGCAUCGAAAACAACCCCCUGGAGGGCUAUUCUCUACGCCACAGGCGACGAGGGGACAGCUGUGCGUCGGAGUCACGUACACCGUCGCUCGGGCCCGAAAUCCGACCUCGGAUUCGCAAGUCUCGCUCGAAGCUGCUUCGGGCCGAUUCCAGUAAUCUAUCUGCGGUCAACUCGCCCGCUGAUGAUCCCACCGGCGAGAAACGCAAGCGAGAAGACGAGUCAUUGAGAACGCCACCAAUCACGCCUGCAAAGAGAUUAAAGCCUCUGAAGUAUGAAGUGUCAACGCUCGUGUUGUCGCAAUCCUUGCCAAGGCAAAGCAGUGAGGUCGAGUCUGUCGCCCGAGCAAGUUCAUCCUCCAGAGCAGGAAGUGCCGAUGCGGUCUUGACCGACGUCACGACGCCCGAGGCUGAAGAUCACCCUCACAGCCCAUAUGUGGCGAAGCGUCUCAACCCUAUGUCGAUCGAAAAUCUGACAAACACCACAGUGAUGCACUCCAUCGAGACUUCACAGAUCAGAACCUCGGACAUCGGGCCAGCAGGCGGGCUCGAAACUGAGCAGAGCGUCGUAACCACAAUAUCCGAUGAUGUACACCUGCCCGCGACACCCCCGUCAUCUCUGCCUGUCGAGUCCCCCCUAUCACCCGCUACAACCGAGUCGCCUGUGAAGGAGGCCACACGUGGACGGGGUCGGCCGCCCUCUCGAAAGCGCGCCCUGUCUUCUACACAGACUUCAGAGGAAGCGCCUGCGAUGUCGCCUGAGACCAAGCGCCGCACACCCGGCGACUACACGCUUACUCCAGUGCUUCUCUCCGAGCCCAACACGGCUUGGAUUCAUUGCAUGAACUGCAGCGAGGCGUUUGUACAAUACAACGCAUAUUAUACGCGGAGCUCAUGUCCCCGCUGUGAACGCCACUCCAAACUUUAUGGCUACAUGUGGCCGAAAACUGAACCUGAAGGAAAGCACGACAAGGAAGAGCGUAUUCUCGAUCACCGGACUGUUCAUCGCUUUUUAGACCGCCAGGGAGAGGCUCGCGUGCGAGGCAGGCAAUUGCCAGUAAUGGAGACGGGAUCCUCGAACAGCACGACCAAAACCACAAGAGCCGCAUCCAUUGCUGGUGUCGGGCGCGUCAAGAGUACGAACGCGAGGUCAAGCAGCAUCGCAGCCAUAAGACGAAGCCGCAGUGGUCGUGUCAUCAGCGCACCACGCUUCUCAGAUGAGUUAUGAUGACUGUGACACGAUUAAGUAGCGUUCUGGAGCCCAGUUUGGAAUUUGUGGAAGCCGGUGUUAGAGUGAGGAGUCGAUUUGUACAUAUU